AUGACUUCAUCAAACAGCGGUGUCAUUCUUGAACAGGCCGGAAACCCUGAUUUAACCUCUAUUGGAAGACCUUUCUCCUCGAUUCCGGUCGAGAUUGUUCUUAACAUCCGUCGAUCAAUCCGCGAUGCCGAUGACCUGGCAUCGCUUUCUUUCUGCUGCCAGGACCUCGAGUUCCUUCUCGAGGGAUUUAUCGACCCCGAAGCCCUCGCCUAUACCUCAAUUUGCAGUCUUGAAAAGACUCUAGUUCUCCGCACUCUGCGCAAAAGAGGCCCUAACGCAAUGAUACUUGCACUACUCCGUGAGAUCGAAGAUGGAAAUGCGCUUGACAUUGUAGCGCGGGCAGGCCGCAUGGAUAUUUUCAAUAUCAUUCAACCAUAUAUCACUUAUGGAGCAGAAUCCACCGUUGCAGCGUUCAAAUCAGCAGUCCGAAUCAACCACGAACAACUGAUGCAAGGGCUCGUAACUUAUCUCCCCAAAGGGGGCCUCCUAGAGGUCUUUCUGGAUGCCUGCAUUUACACCACGCCGGGAGUCAUCAAGAGACUUAUCCCUCAUAUUCCCAUUAAGAUUCGCCGCCAGGCCUGCUCACUAGCACUUGAGACUGCUGUCACUGGUGGCAAAAUCGGUCUGCUGAGGGUUCUAAUUGAGGGUGGCGUUGACACCGACAGGUAUCUGACUGAAGAAGGCCGGGGGCGUGAUCAACGUACAUGUUUGCACUGGUUGGGGAUGUGGGGCCUCCUGAACAACGAUAUCCACCGGUCUGUCAGACCAAUGGUGAAAAUGUUGUGCGCAGCAGGAGCAAAUCCCAAUGCUAUCGACUAUAAGGGGCGAACCCCAUUGCAUGAUUUCGCCCUCGCUGGACCGAAUGCUAUCACCCCUGGUGCCAGCCUCGAACUCGGUGGCAACGCCGAUGACACCCCAAUCAACAGACUCUACGAGUCUGUCUUGCGUAUUUUGAUUAAAGCAGGCGCAGAUAUUAAUGUGAAAGAUAACAUCGGGAGGACGCCUCUUCACCUCGCGGCGAAGCACCGCGAAUCGGUGAUGUGCAACGUGCUCAUCAAAUUUGGCGUCAAUGCGCUGAUUACUGACGACAACUGGAUCAGAGCGAGUCGAGUCAACGGACAAGCAGUAUCUCCGCAUAGCAUCGAAUUUAAAGUCUGGGAAUAUGAAAAGCGCCAGGAAAGGAAAGUGGGGCAGAAAUGGGCCCAUGUCUUGUGA